CUCAGUGCUGGUACGGUUGGCGGCUUAAGCGCCGCCGCGGUCUGAGGAAUGUCAACUAUUCAACAUGGAGGCGGAGGUCGAUAAGCUGGAGCUGAUGCUGGCCUUUUAAUUUUGAGGUAUGGUGAAAGCCUUCGUGACUGCAAUAGAGUUCCAGAAAGCUGAUUCUGAUCUGGAUUGCAUUCAGUACAAGCUGGAAUAUGAAAUCAAGAUUAAUCAUCCUGAUUCUUCAGGCAAGAAAAAUCCAGUUACGCUCUUAAAGGAAUUAUCAGCGAUAAAGUCUCGAUAUCAAACUUUACAUGCACGCUUAUCAACGGCUGCACUUGAGCAGAAAGAGACCAAGAGCCGCAUUUGUGCCACUUUGAAUAAAACUAUGACUAUGAUACAAGAACUACAAAAGCAAUCAGACUUGGAGUUGUCACCACUGACUGAAGAAGAGAAAGCUGCAGCAGAGCACUUCAAAUUUUCCGCAUUAGUCUGAUGAAGAAAUGGACUUACAAAAGGAGACUCUAUGGCAAGAAGUCAGUUCCAGAGAGAUGUGGGAUACUGCUGUCUUGUUAGCAUCUGGUUACUAGAGGAAGGAUUAUGAAGACUGGGCUCAUGUGAUUGGACAGCGAUGCCCUGACAACAGAGGGGACUAUAAGGGCAGAUAUAAUGAUUGGUUGAUAAGAUGGGAUGGCAAUAAAAGAAUUAAAAACAUCUGUUGGGGGGGCUAGAGUGAUAGAACAUCAGGUAGGGCGUUUGCCUUGUAUACAUCUGACCCAAGUUCAAUCCCUGGCAUUCUGUAUGGUAACCCGAGCACCACCAGGAAUAAUUCCUGAGAGCAGAGCCAGGAGUAAUCCCUGAGCAUCACCAGGUGUGACCCAAAAAGCAAAAAAACCCAAAACAAAACAAAUAAAAAUAUAUGUUGGGCCAGAGCCAUAGUGCAGUGGGCAGGGCCUUGCACAUGCCUUACUGGGGUUCAAUCUCUGGCAUCCCUAUGGUCCCCUGAGCACUGCCAGGAGUGAUCCCUGAGCACAGAGCCAGGAGUAAGCACUGAGCACUGAUGCAUGUGGCCCCAAAAUAACCCUCUACACAACACCCCCCAAAAUAAAGUACAGUGCCAGAGAGAUGCCAUAGCAGGUAAGGCACUUGUCUUGAGUGUGGACAAUGCUGGUUUGAUUCCUGGCAUGGCACUUGGUUCCUCAAAUACUGCCAGGGGUCACUACUGAGCACAAAGUCAGGAGUAAGCUCUGAGCACAUCUGUGGCCCCAGCCACAACACGACCACUCCAUUUAGUUUUUAUACACACACACACACACACACAUCUUGUCAUUUCAGGCAAAGAAGUCUCAACAUUAUAUUGUAUUUGUUCUUGUAUGAUUGGUAUAUUGCUCAGUCAAAUGAGCAUUCUUUGAAAAUUAAAGGCUAUGAAAAAAUUGUAUUAUAGAUUAUACAUUGGAAGGGUAAUUUUAAUUGUAGAUAUGGUCGCAUUAUUAGUGAUACUGACACUACUAGUAUGUAAAAAGUGGUUUCCUAUAAACUUAUAAACUGGCUUAACUGACACAUUUUACCCCCAAUUUUUUCACUAAGCUAAUAUUUUUAAUCAUGAGCUCUGUGUUUAAAUGCUAAUACUAUUUUAGGCUGUCCUUCCUUGUUGCAUAUUAAUAUUUUUAUCAACCUGAAUUAUAUAUUUUUUGUAUAAAAAUGCCAGAAAUGCACCAGCAACUACUAGCCAAUUAUACAUUAUAUAUAUAGUGUGUGUGUGUAUAUACUUCCUAUUUUCAAAUAACUCAGUGAUAAGGCCUUUGUUCAAAGUAGGGAUGUUAAUAACAGGGUUAUUUAUAAUAGUACAGCCACACAAUCAAAUAGUAGAUUCAUAAGAAGGUUAUUUGACUAGUAUCUGUCUGUGCACUAAGAGAUCAAGUUAUCCAGGGAGACAAUACAGUUACCUGUAUGGAGUUUGCUUUGCACUGACCUGGAUUCAACCCACGGCACACCAUAUGGUACUCUGAGCCUCCCCAGGAGUGAUCCCUAAGUGCUAAGCCAGGAAUAAUCUCUGAGUACCUGGGUUUGGCCCACGCCUCACUGCAACCGCCCUAAAUGGUCUUUGAAGCCACAUAAUUAACCCUGUGGUACACUGCCUUGAAUCCCCUGGAUCCUAGCCUGGCUGCACAGUGUUCUUUCCUUUAUGGGACUCUCAUAUUUGCUGAAUAAAACUGUUACUUUUAAAAAAUUCUCACCUU